AUGACCAACGACAACUGGAACGGAAAGGACAGCGGUUAUCCCGCAGGCAUGUCUUUUGAAGGCAGCUUCUUCCCGCGCGGCCGCGACGAGAAGGUCUGGGGCCCAGAGGACCCGCUGGAGGUUGUGCCUCCAGCGGGUCCUUUCGAUGCCCAUGACGGCGAAGAGACCUGGCGACUCACCAACGGUGGAAGGGAGAUAUGGACGGGCGAGGCACACGUGAGAUGUGCAGUACCCACUGCACAACAACAACAAGCACAGACCCGGUUCUGGCAAGAGUAUCACGCGCGUGAGGCAGCAGAAGAAGGUACCACCACCGCCGCCCCCGCCGCCCCCGCCGCCCCCGCCGCCAUCUACAUCAUCCCCGAUAUGUUCACCACUGCUCAGCAGUCGGCGGUUCCAGCAGGGGACCGCGACGAGGCUGAGCAGGUCGGCUCCGACAUCGACGGAGAGUGGGAGACUGACGAGGACUACGACCCACGCGGUCCUCAGCAGCAGCCUGCCCACGUCGACGACCAGGAGCAGGGCAGCACUGUCGCCAGUGCUUCUUCCCCUCAAGGGGACGAGGACUGGGACGACGACAGUCUGCUCAGCUUCUGGAAGUCGAAGCUGAUCCGGAAGAAGGGCUACGAGCCUAUGCUCGUAGACUUCCCCGGUCAGACCGUGGGCGGGCUGCGACAGGUUUGGAGGGCCCACAAGGGUCGCUGCGAACAGCUGGGGGCCGCGUGGAGGGCUGCUGGGAAACCAGCAGGCCCGGUGUCGGAGUGGUUCAGGGAGUGA